AUGCCGAACCGCCAACAUUCAGUUACGGUACCGAUACGAAGUUUACCGUAUGUAGCCAGAGAUCUGUACACAGAGGAGGAGGAGGAGGUGGUGGAAGAGAGGACCGAUAUGCGUUCUUUGAUUUCAUUUUCUGAAGGUUCUGCCGAAGAAGAGGCAGGUAGAAACCAAACAGCUCCUCAAGGUGAGAGAUCGGCAAUUGGUCGAAAUAAAUCGCCUUCAUCAAAUCCGUAUGCUAGCGCCCUAACACCUCGGUGUAAUAGCGAUGAACUUAAAUAUGUAGAAUGUCACCUGGAAGACAAGGCGUUAUGGGAAAGAUUUCAUGAUUUGGGAACAGAGAUGAUCAUUACAAAAAUGGGGAGACGCAUGUUUCCUACUAUGCGAAUGACCUUUACUGGACUGGCUUCAGAUGCGAAGUACGCUGUCCUUUUGGACGUCGUUCCCGUAGACAACAAACGAUACAGAUAUUCUUACCGCCACUCAUCAUGGCUUGUUGCCGGAAAAGCAGAUCCCCCGAUACCGACACGACUUUACGUUCAUCCAGAUUCUCCCUUGAUUGAAGAUCAGUUGAAGAAACAGGUAGUUUCAUUCGAAAAGAUCAAACUUACUAAUAAUGAGAUGGACAAACAAGGUCAUAUUGUGUUGAACUCCAUGCACAAAUACCAGCCAAGAUUACAUCUCGUAAAGCUGGAUUACGACUCCUUUAGAUCUUCUGUAUCCGAUCUGGAGUCGUACGAGUUUCGAACAUACAUCUUUCCAGAAACGACAUUUAUCGCUGUCACCGCUUAUCAGAACCAGCUGAUUACAAAACUGAAGAUCGACAGCAAUCCUUUCGCAAAGGGAUUUAGGGAUUCUUCCCGAAUCACAGAAAUGGAAAGAGAUUCUAUUGAGGCUACAAUACCACGUGUUUGUUCACCAUCAAGAUCAUUUUUGGACGUGGAAACUGACAGCAUGCUACUGCAAGACAGAAUGACGUUUAGCUUCCCUCAUCGACCACCAUUUUUGUGGAAUCCGUCAGAAUUUCACA